AUGGAGGCUGGAGUGAAAGAGGCUGCAGCGUCUCUAAGGAAUCCACCAACAACAAAACCGUCUGUUUGUGUAACCACCUGACACACUUUGGCGUUCUCAUGGACGUUUCCCAGACGUCAUCCCAGAUCGACCCAAAGAACAAGAAGAUCCUGACCUUCCUGUCGUACAUCGGCUGCGGCGUCUCGGCCAUCUGCGCUGCCGCCACGCUCCUCACCUACAUCGCCUUCGAGAAACUGCGGCGAGACUACCCGUCCAAGAUCCUGAUGAACCUCAGCACGUCGCUGCUGUGCCUCAACAUGGUGUUCCUGCUGGACGGCUGGCUGGCCAGCAUGGUGGACAGCGCCGGCCUGUGCACGUCGGCCGCCGUCCUCCUGCACUACUUCCUGCUGACCUCCUUCACCUGGAUGGGACUGGAGUCCGUCCACAUGUACAUCGCCCUGGUCAAGGUCUUCAACACCUACAUCCGCCGAUACAUCCUGAAGUUCUGCGCCGUGGGAUGGGGCAUCCCGGCCGUGGUUGUGGGGAUCGUCGUCACGGUGGACAAAAGCCACUACGGCAUCCUAGAGGACAGCAAAGACGAGUCGGCCAAAAUGUGUUGGAUCACCAGCAAGAGCGUCUUCUACACCACCUGCGUGGGCUACUUCUGCCUGGUGUUCCUGCUCAACGUGGCCAUGUUCAUCGUGGUGAUGAUGCAGAUCUGCGGACGCAACGGCAAACGCAGCAACCGCACCCUGAGAGAGGAGGUCCUGAGAAACCUCCGCAGCGUCGUCAGCCUCACCUUCUUACUCGGCAUGACGUGGGGCUUCGCGCUGUUCGCCUGGGGGCCCGUCUACCUGGCGUUCACCUACCUCUUCACCAUCUUCAACUCCCUGCAAGGUGUCUUCAUCUUCAUCUUCCACUGCGCCCUGAAGGAGAACGUCCAGAAGCAGUGGAGGCGGUACCUCUGCUGCGGCCCCUACAGGCAGUCCGACAACUCAGACUGGAGCAAAACGCCCACCAACAACACCAAGAAGGUGAGCUCGGACAACCUCGCCAAGUCCCUGUCCUCCAGCUCCUUCGGCUCCAGCACCAGCAACUGGACCUCCAAGGCCAAAGCUACGCUCACGCCGUUCAGCAAACGCUGCAGGAACGCCGACAAAAGUCGUUCCAACCAGAACAACACCAAGAGCAACUCCUCGUCCUCCUCUUCCUCCUCGGACGCGGCCCCGAACUCCUCUUCCUCCUCCUCCACCAUCCCUCCGGUCAGCCAGAUGAUCGACAAGGUGAAAGGUUACUGCUCCACCCGCACCGACAACUUCUACAAGACCAUCAUCAGGUCCGAGAGCCUCAUCAACUGCACCAGACUGUAGAUCCGCCCCGCCUGGGACCUCCAGGUGGUUUCGGACAGUUUGUCACAGAAGCUUAAUUUAUGUUGGACACCUGAGUGGCUGAGACGGUGCGGCGGCGUGCGGAGCCACUGUGGACCUUAUGUUUCUGCUGUGGCAGCACGGCUCACAUUCCAGGCCCCUCCGAGGACCUCUACAUUUCACCAUGUGCCUCUCCUGAAAACAUUCCCAACAUACUGGAACCGUUCUUCAUGUUUCUCACGUUUUUGCCGUCAGCAUCCAGACAAAGACUAGAGAUUUAUACAUCAUCUAAAGAUGUCCGGAUGGGUUUUUUGAUCUUAUCGCCCAUGAGAACAGACUGUUUUUUACCUGCUUUUCUUUGUUGCACCUAGAACUUUUUCUUUUGUAAAUUUUAAUCAAGUUUGUGUUUAACUGUGUUCAUUAUGUACAGUCCUUUUUGUUGAUAAAGCUCCUUUCUUCUGUCGUUUGAACUGAGAGCUGCAAUGCUGUUCAGUAAAUUUAUGAAUGGAAAAAGCGCAAGCGAGCGAACGUCUUGCUGUAAAUAUUUAAUAUAUAAACGGUAUGUAAAGUAGUUAAUGUGACAUAAACCUUCAACAGUCUGCACAAACCACUAUCACAUCUGAUUAUUUGCUUUGUGUUGCAUGGAGAACGCAUCAACGUUCUUUCUCUUGGAUUCCCAAACUCUCACCUGGGCAGGCCGGCUGAUUCGGCUUGAUUUGGCAGAAAAAUGUUUCCCUUUUUCUUCACAUUGCACUUUUGAGAUUGGACCAACCUAUGCGGACAGAAUACGGAGCUGCUCAUCUCCAGAAAUAUGCCAGAGAGAAGAAAAUUAGCCUUCCUGCUGAUUCCGAGGAGAGCCAACCAUCUCAAUGUUCAUCCAUUAAAGUGCAGCUCUCUGGUGACUCAAGGUUUGGUGGGACUGAACACACCUGGUCCAGGUAAGCAGCAGCAGGUAUGGAUGUCUGGAAAACCAGCAGGGAGGUGGAUCUGGAGAUCUAGACCACAGGAGUCUCUGGCCUGCAAACGAUGUUGCUAACGCAUCUAUGGAAUUCUAAUAACCUGGUGGUCCCCAUCCUCUGGGUUUGGACCAACAGACGUUUUGGUUUAGUUUUUGAGCUUUUAAACCCAAAGAACAAACGUGCGCAUGGACGAAGACCAACGAUAAUAUUUGAGACGUUGUUCUUCCUUAAGGCCACGGUCACAAAUCGGCAGAAUCUUCAAGAUUUUGUGCCAUCGCCUAAUUCUUUGUGAAACUCGUUGGCGUGGUCAUGAAUGUAGACGGAGGCCGUCAGGUGUGAUGGAUGCCAUUCUUUUCACAUUCCCAAGGACUACUGGGGAGCUGAUGGCGCCAGACCUUUAGGCCGGGCUUCCACUGAGCGGUCCGGUUCGAUAUUUUGAGUGUUUCCAUCGUAAAAUGGACCCAUUAAACAGUACCAAGCCGUACCUCUUGAGGCCCCCAUCCGUCCGUUGUAGGUCCAUAGAGAAAUAGAACAGGACGGAUGGGGGCGGAGUCACUGUAGCCACCUGUUAAUAGGCAGAAAGGGAUGAUAUUAGAAAGCACCAGUAUAGCGCUAAGCUAAUGCUAUAAUGACGUAUUUAGCUUCUACAAUCUUCUUUCAAACAUUAUGUUCCUGUUCUACACGAUGCCCCAGAAGUGAAGCUAUGAAAAGACGAGCUGCUGGAUGACCUCCAUUGAUGGUGCUUCACAAGUCAUCGCACCACAACAACGCAAUGACAUGCUGGCGGUCUAGACCAGGGAUAGGCACCUCCAGGCCUCGAGGGCCACAUUGUCUGCAUGAUUUCCAGACAUCCGAGCCCUACUCGAGACUGAUUACCUGAUUCAGGUGUGUCCAGCCAAUUAGAACAUUCCAGAGGAGAUGUUGGACUGCAGCCCUCGAGGCCGGAGUUUCCCAUCCCUGGUCUAGACCACACAUGUGCCAUGAAACAAACCCCUCAGUGGAAGUGAAGUUUAGCUGAGAGGAAACCCUCACCAGAAUGAACCGGACCGUACCGCUCAGUGGAAACGAGGUUAGAACUAUCGUCCAUUGGCCGGCGAUCUGCCUGGCACCGCCAUGUUGCCGCCCAAUUUCUUAAUGGCGGCAUCCCCGCCUGUCACUGGACUCCCAUUUGUGACCGCCAAAUGCAUCCAGGCGGACACUAAAGAUGCUGAAAAAUGUGUCCAGUCGCCAUUAAAAAUCGUCUGGUCGCGACUGCCACCUCCUGAUCACGAAUGAAAUUAGUCAAAUUUGCUGAAAGACUUGCCCUUAGGCUGCCGUGCAGUGGCAUUCUGGGAUACGUGACGGCUCGUGGUCCACCUGGAUUGGUUGCUACUCCAGUAGCAAAAACCCUGAAGGUGGUCGUCCGUUGGAUGUCAAACUCCAAGUCCACCUUUAAUUGGACCACCUUCAAUUCUCCCCACAAACAGGUCGGAUGUUCACACUGUAAACACACAAGGUUCACUUGCAACAAACUGAAACCCACAUGUUCUGCUUUGAAUUCUUCUGGUGGACCAGAGUUCAGAUGAGCGUUUACACCAGACAGACGGAACAGACUUUAGUGAAUCUACUGUAAACCUGGAUUUCACACCUGAGCAGUCUCCAUAGCAACUGUGUGAAAUAUAGACGCUACCAUUCUUCUGCUGUAGCCGACUCCGUGUCUUCUGCUUUUUUGAACCUGCAUAAGAUCUCUCUGACGUUCUCUGGACUCUAAACCGCCUGAUGUUGGCAGCUCAGACCAUCAGGAGUUGUGGUCACCGAGACACGUCCGGCACCGGCGGUCCAACAUCCAGGCCAGAGCUCGUCCCGUCCUCCGCCUGCAGAGCGGCUGGAGAUCAAGUUUGGUCCAUAAAUGUGGGAAAAGACGGUGGAACUGAUGGAGGAACCGACAAUAAAAGACUUUUAUUGUCCUCUGUCUUUGCAUGGAUACAUUUUCACCAGAACACGCUCACCUUUAACUAC